AAUCUAAAUCAACAGAAGUCAACAUCUUAUGUACUGAAAAAGUUUGCACAAAGCGUAGAAUCAAAGGCAUUAAACAUUUACCUAAACCAAAGUAGAAAGUGACAAAUCAAAAACCAUGACACUUUGCAACUCAAAUGACCCCAUCUAUCCAUCAACCUGUCACUCUGUCUUCCAUAAAGUAACAACAGCCUUGAACACACAAACUUAGAACCAUUCUUGUAUCUAUCUUCAUCUCAAAAUCUCAAAAUGCAGAAAACAAUGAUUCUGUCUAUUCUCCAUAUCCUUCUUCUCCUCUUUCCAAAUGCAGCAAAAGCUUCCAUUGGUAUAGGCAUUGGUGUUGGCAUUGGCAUUGGCACUGGCAAUGGUGGUGUUGGUGCUAACACUCCAUUGCCUUCAGGAUCAAAUCUAAACAAUGCUUACACAGCUCUUCAAGCUUGGAAAACUUCAAUCACGGAUGACCCUUUGAAGAUUUUAGACACAUGGAUUGGUUCUAAUGUUUGUUCCUAUAAAGGAAUCUUUUGUGACACUAGUGAAACUCCUUUUGUUGCAGGAAUAGAUCUCAACCAUGCAAAUCUUCAAGGAACACUUGUAAAAGAACUCUCUUUACUAUCUGAUAUAACACUUCUUCAUCUCAACAGUAACAAAUUUUCUGGUACAGUUCCUGAUACAUUCAAAGACUUUACCUUUCUUCAAGAACUAGACUUAAGCAAUAACCAACUUUCAGGUUCUUUCCCUACAGUUACUUUAGACAUGCCAAGUUUAGUUUACUUGGAUCUUAGAUUCAAUAAUUUCAAAGGGUCACUUCCUGAAGAACUUUUCAAUAAGAAACUAGAUGCAAUAUUUCUCAACAACAAUCAAUUUAGUGGUGAAAUUCCACAAAGCUUUGGUAACUCACCUGCAUCAGUGAUCAAUUUAGCUAACAACAAACUAAGUGGAAAUAUACCAGCAAGUUUUGGUUUUAUGAGUUCUAAGUUAAAAGAGAUUCUUUUUCUUAAUAAUCAGUUAACAGGUUGUAUUCCUCAAGGUGUUGGUAUAUUCACAGAAAUGCAGGUUCUUGAUGUGAGUUUUAAUUCACUUGUAGGUCAUUUGCCAGAUACAAUAUCUUGUUUGCAAGAUAUUGAGGUUCUUAAUUUAGGACAUAACAAGCUUUCUGGUGAUAUAUCUGAUGUGAUAUGUUCUUUGAGAAGUUUGUUGAAUUUAACUGUUGCUUAUAAUUUCUUUUCUGGGUUUAGUCAAGAAUGUUCAAGGCUUUUCAAUAUUGGUUUUGAUUUUACAGAUAAUUGUAUUCCUGGUAGGAAUAUGCAGAGACCUUCACCUGAAUGUUCUGUGAUCCCUGAUGUUAAUUUGAAUUGUCUUAGAAUUCCUACUCCAAAACCUCUUGUUUGUGGUACAUUGGCUUCAAGAGCUUCUAAUUUUAAGUACACAAAUAUUCAUUCAUCAUCUCCCUGAUGAUAGCUACUGUAUUGUUUUCAGAUUGAUGGUAGUGAAAUUUUUCAUUGAUUAUUAAUGCUUGAUAGUUGAUAUUGAUCUUCUAAUUUUUCUUUUUAUUUUUUGUUCCUCAUUACUAUAUUAGUGAACUAUAGUUGUGUGGGCAGUAAGAUUUGUAAGAGUUGUGUAUUUAUGAUAUAUUAAGAUUAUUUGUGCCAUGUGGCAUGCUUAUUUGAUCUUUAAUCUCUACAAGUAUCACAGGUUGUUUAGAUUGCACCUUCAGCUUCUUCUCAUAUAUGAUAAGUCCCUAUUUGAUUGCUU